GAUGGAGGCUUGUAAGAAAAAUAAAGGAUUUUUAGUCCCUGUUGAAGAUUAUAGGGACAAAGCCCUGUCAAACAUACAACAACUCAAUGAAUCUCCAACGUCACCAUUCAAAGUGUACAUAAAAUCGAAAGACUCUGAGGCCUCUCAAUUACGUCGAAACAACUCUCAAAAUGACAAGAAAUUGUCUUAAUCACUUUUAGCGAGAAAGCAAUGAAGUCUCGAGGCAAAAAGCCAAAAUAAAAAUUUAAUAAAGAGUAAUUAUCAGCUUAUUCUUAGAGAAUCUUCAACUAAUCUCUGGCAGAAAAGAAGAGGUCUGAAUAGCCAACAGACCUGAUCCAGGUCUUUAGGAAAUACCAAGACUAAUUAUUGGUCUUCAAAGAUUAGCAAUCUUAACGAGGAGUCUCAUAGAAGAUACCCAGGAGAUGGCAUCCCCAUGGUGCGCUCACUCCUUCCUAAGAAGGAUAGCUCCAUCAAUGCUAAACCUCCGCAGGAGGUUAGUCUGGUAAAUUACCUUAUUGAGAAGUCUAAGCAGGAAGCGAUGGUUCGGAAGAAGCACAAGCGAGUUCACAGUGGUAUGUCUCCAGAAAUCCUGUUUUCAAAGAUUGAACCUGAGCCAGAACAUAUUCCUCAUAAAGCGAUGCACAAAAAUAGAUCAUUUACCAAGAAGAACAAGGACCUUGAACCACAUAAGGAGAGUCAUGAACUCUCUCUGAAUUCUAGAAACAAGAUCUUCUUGGGAACCCAGUACGAUCAGAUUUUUAAGAAGUACAAAUCGAAGAAGGCUAAAUCAUUCACGAAGAAGAAGAGCCUGAUAAAUCAUUAUAAGCUGAAUAAGAAAGACAAAAAGGUGGUCGAUACAAGGUUCCCAGAGAAUGAUUAUUGUCACGACAAUAAUAGCCUGAUGCAUUUGUGGAUCAAGAAUACUUCUAAGACGACUAAGAAGAAGCGAAAAUAGCAGGCCGAAAGACAAACCCAAUUUUGGUUCACCACAAGAUGGGGUCAGUAUGGUACCUGCCAUGCAUAGCUCUUUCUUCAGGUCUAAAGUGCAGAAAAAGACAAAGAUAUCGCUAAAAUAGCAUUAAUGGAGUCAUUUCCCAAAGGAGGUUGAUUUUUAACAAAUCUAAAAGGCAGAGUUCAUCUAAGAAAAGCCUUCAAGUUCCACAGCAGCAGAUGAGCUUAAAUAUCUCUGAAGCUAAAGAGAAUUUACCCAAAUUUCAGCUGGAAGGAAACAAGAAAUCAUCUAACCAUGAUAUCUUGGAGAGUUCAUGCAGUAGUAUGGAGUUGUUUACCGUCAAUGAUAGCACUGUGAACAUGGAAGCAGCUACACAGAGGAUCAACAAUGACCCUUCUCCUGGCAGGAGAAAGAUCUUUAGCCGUCAUGAGACACAAAGUUAUGAGAAAUCCUAUUUUUAGGUGCAUUUUUAUGAUAUUCCUGACU